GCAGCGUGAAUUAACGGGGCUUCCCAAGACGAAUGUUCCGUGCUCAAAUUGCAGAAUGGAGACGGAGCCAGUUCUCCACCAGCAGCUACCCUCCGCAUACCGCUCAUUGCAGCCGCAAACUCCUCAAGCAAUCCAGCAUGGCCAGCCGCAUCUGACCCACCAUACUCUUGCAUCUCAGGCUGGUCUUGAUCUAUCGGGCCUCGAUGACAAUGACCCAGUCUUCCACCAGGAUCUUCGAUUACAAGACCCAAAUGGGCAUGCUUUCCAAUCUCCACAUCCUUUUGAUCGAAAUCAUGGGCAUCAGUCUAUGCAGGUUCAAAACAAUAGCAGCCCACAUACCCCUCAUCAGACCAGCACCAACAAUGGUGGGCAAUUCGGCAUCUUGACGACUGGUCCUAUCCAACAUAAUUCAAUUGGUAGACUCCAGCAAGAAGAGGAUAUAUUCGCUUCACCAGAUGGAUCAGAUCAAAAGAGCAAUGGCCAUCUCAGCACAAAAAUUGUUGUUGACCCCCCCAAUCUUGCGGAGUGGCGUCAAAAGCUGUUCAAUGUUGAUGAGAUAAUUACCCUCAGUGAAGAAGAGUUCGAAACAUAUUUUCCCCAUGUCGACAAUGUCUACUCCCAUCGAUCUACCCAGCGUUACAAGAGAAAACCGUUCGUAUCCCAUUACUGGGAUUGCCGGCUGAAGGGACGUCCACCAGGGACUCCAAAGUCUGACGACCCAAAUAAAAAGAAGCGCAAGCGCACUGCUCGAGAACGCGAUCUCUGCGAUGUUAAGAUCAAAAUAACGGAGUACUUUCCGGGUGCUAUGUUGCGACCAGACUUUGUCCCUGACGGAGGACAACCAGAUCCUCAGUCGAAUAACUUCUUUGCGCCAGGACAACCAGGAGGGCAGGCAAUACAGCAGCAACAGCAGUUUUCUAUGAUGCCUGUUAAUAGCGGUAUUCCUCCUAGUCAUCCAGGGGCUAACGGUCAGCGAUACUAUACAAUCCAGCGGGUCAACGGCAAUGGUGGGAACGGCAAAGGCGACGGUGUUGCAGGCCCACAUAAGCAUCCAUUAUCAGAGAGCGAUCGCGUCAAGAAGAAUAGUGUACAGCGCUAUCUGAUGAAGAAGGAUAAAGACGAGAAGAAGACACAGAAGACUUAUCACAAGAAGGCCAGUGGAAAUGCUUUAGUUACUGUCAGAAAACAUUCUAAAGAGUACGAGUUGAAAUUAUUUGGAAGUUGCUUUUGUCCAUUCGUGCAGCGUGUCUGGGUUGCAUUGGAAGCCAAGGGUCUGCAGUAUCAAUACGUUGAAGUCGACCCAUAUAAAAAGCCACAGGCCCUUCUAGAUGUCAACCCUCGAGGGUUGGUUCCUGCAAUCCGCCAUGGCGAUUGGGGAUGUGGUGAAAGUACGGUCUUGAUGGAAUAUCUGGAAGAUCUUGGUAUUGGUCAACCUCUUCUGCCGCAGGGUAACCCUCAGCUGAGAGCUACCUGCAGACUUUGGAGCGAUCACAUCAAUCGUAACAUCGUUCCCGCUUUCUACAGUGUUCUACAAGCUCAGGACUUUGUCACUCAAGCAGAGAACACGAAGAAGUUGCAAGCAGAAAUCGCCAAAUUAGUUAAAGUUUGCGACCCGCAAGGACCUUUCUUCCUCGGGUCACAAUUGUCAUUUGUCGACAUCCAAUUCGCACCCUGGAUGAUUCGGCUCAGCCGGGUUCUGAAACACUAUCGGGCUUGGCCAGAUCCAACACCUGGUAGUAGAUGGGGACGCUGGAUGGACGCUGUGGAAAAUAAUGAGCAUGUGAAAGCGACCACGAGUCUAGACGAGCUUUACAUCGAUAGUUACGAACGUUAUGCCCAAAAUCGUCCAGAUACAUCAGAGCUUGCGAAUGCAAUUAACGGCGGAUACGGUUUACCAUGAAUUGGGAUUUAUAGGGAUGUAAGGGCCUCUUGCGGUGUUCUGGUAAGGAGGUGGGGUUGUCGGGAGUCUUGGAAGGAGUAUGGAAGGAGUAUGGACGUGUACUUAUUACCGCUAUUAUCGCUGAAAGGAACGUGAGAGGAUCUGUCAGGAUAGUAUCAAGGAAGGGCAAUGAAUGGUAACGAAUAGUACAGGAUACGACCUUAUAGAUGGAAA